AUGCAUUCCGAUACUACAACACCACAGUCUAAAGAUUUAAUUUUUUUUAUCUCAAAACUGAAGAAAACGUUUUAUUUUAACACAAAGACACCAAAUACCACAGAUGUUAAUACUGCCAUUGGAACCUAUUUCGUAACAGCUAUACUUCAAAGAACUCUAUUGGACCAUACACAAAAAAUGACGGACAAACAAAAGAGAACGAUCGUUAACAUAAUAAAUAGAGGCAAAUAUUAUCUAUCUCAUUACAUCUAUAAUAAUAAGCCCUUCGGAUACAGAGAUUUCGAAUUCAGAGUCUCCAUUUUAUAUCAAGACGUUGACAUAUUCACCCAUUCAAUCAAUGAAUUUAGUGAAAGACGUUUACAAAAAUGGAUUUUGAGCGAUAUAAAUAUGCACUCAUACGUCGAAAAUCUUGAUGAUAUCUCAUUGAAAAAAGAAAUGUAUAUCUCUAUACUUAACAGAAUCGAUGAUUAUAAUAUUAAUAUAAAGAAUUCAGAUUAUUGCAUAUCUAGCAUAAUCGACACUCCACAGGCUAUAAAUAAUAAUGUUACACAACUCUGCAGAGAUGACUAUUGUAAAUAUUUUCUCUUCAAUGGGCCCUCUAUAGGUUACGCACUCAGUCAUAGGCUCUUAAAUAUAAUGUUGCGACGUAAUUGUCGUCGUUGCCACUUGCAGUCUCCAAGAGAAGACGAGAACAUGAUGGACCAGCUCUGUGCCUUCAUCUAUCGGGAAGUAGUGUAUCUCGCUAGACGGGGAUAUUUUGCACGAGACAUAUUUUUAGAACACGUGGGUCUCUGUGCAAUUAUAGGUUACAAAGAAUUCUUUCGCAUGCACUGGUUCUACAAAGCUGCCAGUUGGAUGAACAGCGCGGGAUGUAUACAAGAGAAUCGUAAUUAUUUAGUUAACGAGACAAAACAUUACAAAGUUAACACUAACGACACUAAAAAACUUGAAUUGUUCACAAAACGUCUGAAACAAACACUCCUAAACGAAUGUCAUGACCAUGAAAUAACUGUUCUUAGUGUUGUUCUUGCUCAUGCUAUUCGAUAUACGGCCAAGUUUAUGCAAAACUGAAUGUUUCGUAAUAAUACUCGGCUUUUAAUUGGAUAAGCAGACCUUUAAUUAA